CCUUCGUCCAAUAAAACAGAAGAGGGCCUGMCUGCAAGUCGUCUAAUCUUGGGCGARGUGUCAAUCAUGUUCAUUCAGCGGUUGAAGUGCGGGUUUUGGUAACCGCCUCCUUUACGCUUGGAAGGGAGACGAAGGGGGGAGCUUUCUUCGGAUCAAAGACUAGUGUGGCGCUGUUGCCGUAGGAUGUACUGAGUGCAGCCUGCUGCUUUCUUUACGGACGCUUCUUAUAUCGUCUGGAUAUCGCUGAUUUCUGGAUUAUAAAUACAUUUGAUGGUUUUCAAUCCCAACUCAAUGCAGAGAAAUGGGUAAACUUCACUCGAAACAUGCUGCGAUUUGUAAACCGAGGGAAAGUCCGGAGGGCGACAGUUUUGUAGUUAAUGCCUGUUUGGCAAGGAAAGGAAUUGACGAUUGGCUCGUGAAACAGAAAUACUAUUGCACGGGCUCGCGGCUUGAGCAACAGGACUGUCACCACACGAAUAAGUGCGGCUUGUCUACUCAGGAUGUGUUGGACAAGGCGUGUGCAGAGGGAAUCGGUGAUGAACAUUACCGUUUAGAAGUGGCUCUGCCCCCGGAGAAGACGGUGGACAGUUGCUGUGUGGAGGAGAAGAUGCAGGGGAGAGCGAGCCAGGCGCCCACAGGCACACAGAAACAGCUCCAGUUUGAAGAGCUUGAGUGUGCCGUCUCUGUAGAGGAAGACAACAGACAGGAGUGGACGUUCACGCUGUAUGAUUUUGACAACAAUGGCAAGGUCACCAGRGAGGACAUCACCAGCCUGCUCCACACCAUCUAUGAGGUGGUGGACACGUCGGUCAACCAUUCCCCCAGCAGCAGCAAGACACUGCGGGUCAAGCUCUCCGUGGCCCCCGACUCCAGCCAGCGCUGGCGGAGCUGCACUCAGGACCCCGCAGACAUGCCCCACCCCAGAACCAAGACUGACAAGUGCAUUGAAGACCUUAAAAGUGCAGAGAAGAAGUCUCGAGCCCUCCUCAGGCGCCAUCACAGUGACCACCACACUAUCCAGCACCAGGUUCUGACCCAGCAGGGUCAGAGUCGGGGCUGCCAGCGCCACUGUGUGGAUGAGAACCUGGAGCGCAGGAACCACUACCUAGACCUGGCCGGCAUCGAGAAUUACACAUCCCGCUUUGGAGCAGCCCCCACCACAGAGCCUGUGAAAGCAGAGCCACAGACCCGACCAUCGAACCAGACCAGGUCUCGCUCUCAUGAACCAGAGAACGGCCACACCUACUCCCACCACCRUCGMUCACAGGUGGCCAUGGAGAGCAGYRCCRCCCCAGGCCCUGACACCCUUUGUCCCCCACGACCGAGUAAAGACUCAGGUAAACACGCCCUGCGCUCCCCCAAGACCCACAGCCGGACGCACCCCACACAGACCACCACGGGCAGGGUGAUGAGGAGCAGAGGGGCCCCACCUCCCCCGGCCCUACCCAGCCAGGCCCCCCCCCACCAGUCCUCAGCCCCCUACCGCAGGCACAAGCAGAGGGCCAAGGAGGGCCAGCAGCAGUACCAAGCCCAGGGGGCUCCAGUGGGGCCUGUGGUGGAGAAGGAGCAGGUGAGGGUCCUACCCAGUGUGCUGCUCUAUGAAGGAGGGCUGGCCCAGAUGGUUCAAAGGCACGAGCAUCAUCACCACCAUGAACACCACCACCACUACCACCACUUCUACCAGUCCUGAGSCAGCCAGCCAGCCAGCUCCCUGCCCUGCUGCCCCCGGCCCCAGAGCACCUUCUCACAGCCCCACCUCAACCUGGCUCCACUGCCAGGCCAGUAGACUCUACAGACAGACAGGCCCCUCCCACACAGCACAGCAACAGCACAGCCAGAACUUUGUCACUGUCAGGGGGAGUUGGGUCUUGCAUGGCCCCGUGGACUAAGAGGACAGGACAUCAAGAGGAGUUGGACAGACAGGGAGAGGUGCAGGGUGAGAGGGUUAUUAUGGGGUUGUCCAGGCAUGAAGAGUCCCUGUGAGGCAGCGGGACAGUGUCUUGGUCUUCAGGCGUGCCAGGAACCAGGAGCAGGACAGGGCAGAGGGAUGUAACAGGGGAGCCUGAGAGGAACAGAAGGAGAUAAGAGACUUGGCUGUAAUCUUUCAGAGGAGUCCUCUCAUCCCUCUCUGUCUGUCUGGUUCUCUGAAACCCUUUACUCUGAUGGACUAGCUGACUUCACGAAGCCAUACUGGCACUGCCAUCCUCACAGACCUCUAUGUUUUGGGGAAGGGGAAUCGGCGGUGAAGGGCUGGUUUGGAUGGAAAGACUGAUGUAAAAAGAUAAAAUAUAUGAUGCUCAGUGUCCAGUGAGUUUGUGUUCGAGAGAGAGCGAGAGAGUGAGUGUGUGUGCGUGCGAAAGAGAAAAAUGUGUACAUUUGUGUGUAUGAAUAUACAAUGUGUGUGUGUGUGUGUGUGUGUGUGUGUGAGCAUGUGUGCAUUGGUUCAUAUGAGUGUGUGGUGUAUGGUGUCUGGGUGUAUGGUGUCUGUGUGCAUGUAUUACCUGUCUGCUGUGACACCCCUGUCGCCACUGAAAACCACUUGAAAAGCACUUGUGGGUGCAGUUGCAUUGGAGACACUUUGGGCUGUCAGAACAGAGGACUGACAGGCAUCGGCUGGAUAUGAUGAAGACAAGAUCAUCCAGCUCCUGAAUCUCACAUGCAAUACAGKACCCUCCCUGAGAGAACRAUGUUGAAAUGUUCAGUGAGAAUAGAAGACUGUAAUCAGCUGCUACCUCUAGUGUUAUUAAUGGAAUUGUUGGUGUUAUUAUUAUUGUUAUUAAUCAGAUGCUAUUUUUCAGUUACAUUUUGUUCUAUUUUUUAARGAUGAYACAAUCUGCAGUAAUAUAGUGUUGAAACGUUCCUACAUGUUUUACCUACAUAUUGUAUGUACAUAUAUUAUCAACAUUAUACGCUUUAUUUAUAAUGUAA